AUGACAACCGGUAGCCCUAUGCGAAGACUCCUACAUCCGCUCAUUGAUCGCCUUGAAGGAGAGACCGAUGAAAAGGCCUUUGCAUCGUUGCAUCGACUCAUAUCAAUGCCCCGUGAGGAAGAACCCCGACAAUGGAGGUCGGACUUCAAGGUCCUGCGACCACCUGAUCUGCUGUCCAUGCCGAAUUCCAACACACUCCACCUACCCCGGCUCCUCUUACCCCAGCAAAUUCACCGUCUAGGCUCAAUUCCUGGCUGUCAUGUGUCGGAUACAAUGAAGAAGCCUCCAGAGAUCCCGCUGCUUCGGGCACGGUCUGCUUCAUUUUCCCUUGCCCCUCGAUUACAACUCCUGAAGUAUGACUUUACGGCAGAAUCUAGCAAUCCAUCAGCUUCCUGGAGGGCUCCAAUGCUUCUACGUUUGCCUACAAGCGCCUUUGCAAGUUCCAUCCCUCCAGAGCUGUCCUUUUUGUCCAAAUUAUCACUAGACCGAAAACAGUCAUCCCCUCAUCUGCCAAAGGAGGUUUCUGUCCAGGUGGGGGGGUCAACAGAACCGGCACAUCAAAAUGCCCAGAUGGGGGAUGGAGAUCAUUCAAAAGGUAAGGAAACUUGCGACGUUGGCAAGGAAUCGUCAGUGGACAAAAGUACUUUGUGCAGUCUUGGUGGAACUAAAGACGAGGAGAAAGAACGGGUGAAAGAAGGCGAACAAAGGCCGUCUCCUUUCGACUCCAAAGGUAAAUUCCGCCUUAGAAAAAAAUAAUUGUUUUGGGUUGAGUUUGAAAUGCACGCCCUCUGCAUAACCGAGAGAAAAAAACGAGCACAGAGGGGUUUACCAUUAAAAGCCGAGAACAUUUGGAGCCAAGAUAUACCACAGGAUACCUUUGACUACUGAUUGUAGAACAGCAUAUCGGGUGGGCGAGCAUUUGAAAGUUACUUUAGCCUAGACGACCUUUAAGAAAAAUUGCAGUGUGGCGCUUAAAAACUUGCUGUUUUGUCAAUUAGUGCGGUAUGCAGAAAGCUGCUGUGAAAAACAAAAGGGCGGUUGCAUAAUUUUGUUUGGUGGGUACCAAAUGUUAUUCCAUAUGCCCUUUGAUGACUGCCUACUACGAGGUAAAUCAUACUGUAAUCUCUUCAUCCGUUCAACUUGGUUGCCGCUGAUCACAUUCCAAAUAUUGUCAUUUCUGACUGUCCGAUUAAAGAUUUAAACCUCCGACGAUGUAAAUCGGUAUGGAACUUCCCCCUCAGGGUGUCACUACUUUAAUGCAUACAAGUAGGAGCUAUUAUGCUUUAUUUGAGGAAUCUAAAAUAAAUAUUUACCAAUCAGGUACAUACAUAUAUGUACGCAACGGUAUUCACAACCUUUUAAUCGCCAUCAACUUGACAGCCAUCGAAAAAACCACACACCGUUCCAAACGUCAUAGUGCAAGCAUUAAUUCCGAAAGUCAUGUAAUCCGUUUUAUCAAAUGAUAUAGGACUUAACUUCCCUGUCCUUGUUUAAUAUGGUGCCAGUUUUUAAAUGUUGGAUGGUUCUUAAUCAAGGCAUUAAUUGCCAGCCCUGUUUUUUUUUUUAACUGAGACCACCUUCUGUCCCUUUUUUCCACGUUCUGCGCCUCCAUUAGUGAGACUGGAGAUAUUAAAUUCGCACUGAAACUGAUGUUGCAUAUCCUGAUUAGGUAUGCAUUAACUUUGCAUCCUGGUCUACAAUAUGUAUUAAUCUUCAAAAAACAUUCACUGGUAUGGCCAUCCCGACAUCAGCCAGCAUGCUCAAACAUAAAUUGAGUGAAUUUGGGGUCUUGACCCGAAUCCAACACCGCUGCAGUUAAGGUAUGAGUUAGUGUCCAGUCAGUUGCAAGUGGGAGGAUUCAAAGUUCUUAUAGAACAGUGCCCACACAUCUAACUUGAAUGUCGGGUGGAAUACAGGCGUAUCGUUUUGACUUUGAUAAUCCUUACAUACGAUUGACUGUUAAUAGGUUUUUUAGCAGAUUUUGAAUAAUUUAUGUUAACCCGCCUGUGAAAACUCGAUGACCUCGGUGCGAUUAAGAUCCAAGACAGCAAGGGGGGCUGUAGCACAGCCACCUGAUUUACGAGACCCGAGGUCGCCGAGCUUUUCGCAAUUGGGUUAAAAAAAAAACAAUUAAAAUCUACAAAAAUACCUAUUAGUUAUGUGAGCCUGGUAGUCAUCUGGUGGACUCCUAGAUGGAUUACGUGGGAAAUCCAACUUGGGCAGUCAGCUUGUUGCAUCGGACUUAGUGGAUUCCAUACGUUACAGUUGGCUGGGCGGGUAAUUUGACCUCAAUAUAAUUAAACACACGGCUUCCGGUGGGGGCCCCAUAGCUCAGGUGGCUAGAGUGUUGGCUGUACUAAAGCCUUCUCCUUGUUGUCGUGUGUUCAUAUCCCACCGAGGUUGCCAAGUUUUUCGUAGUUGGGUCAAACUAAAUUGCCUGUUAGGCAGAUUUAUUACUGUGGCGCACGAUCUCAGUUUUAUUGCCUUAAAAUUGCAACUGGUGUGCCAAGGUCUCCACUUAAGAACCUGUCAGUCUGUCAAGUUGCUUGUGUCGCACCGUGCUUGCGAACAGCAAGUAAACAAUUUAAAUUGAACCAAUAAAGUUUGAAACUCCGCAAUCAACUGAUGUAGCAAUUUAUUUCUCCUUCAUAAAAAUGCAAGGUAUUUAUUUUGACCGAAAGUCGUCGGUUUCUGGCCAGAUUUGGCAAUUCCCAGUUGAUAGAACUGGGAUCUUGUCUACCACACGGAAUCCAAGAUUAUUCGACAGUAAUAGCAUACUCUGUUGUCUUCUGUAUAUCCCCUUUAUUCGCGUUUUAUCCUUUCUGCCUAAUGGUCUGGCAAUAACUUUUGAUAAAUGUAUAAAGGCGUUUGAAAGGGGAGAUAUUGGACAGCGAUCUACCGCGAUCAACUUCGACUGUUUUUAGCCACAGUUCGUCCGAACGGAUUUCCUAAUACUGUCUUUCCUGUGUAGGAAAUGAGUGCCAUAAACAUCGUCUUCUUUUUCAGACCCCCCACAGGAGAUGCCAGUCUUGCAGACCAAGGUACGUCGGUUGUACAUCCGCAUAACAGUCCUCGUUCCUUCUUACGCAACAAUAUACCACGCACUGAACAGAAAACUCCAUUCAUGCGCUUUAUGAAAAAUGUCCAUAAGGGUCUCGCUGCUUAAUGACGAUAUCCAUGCUCGUCUUUCGGAAGGUACAGUUAACUUUGUGGUUUAAUUGGCCAUGUUGUUUUAUAGUCGUUUAAUUCGGCCUACUAAAUCUUGUCAGCACCCAACCGUAGACGGUCAAAAUGCGUUCAGGGUAAACUUUUUACUGUCUUGCAUUUGUCGCGUCAGCCAAAGUCAAGAAGCUGCGGGUACUGAAUGAAUUGCUGUUAUCUGCUUAGACAGAGUUUGCUUGCAAUAGAGAAAGUUGGCUUCCUGAAGACGUUGCAUCGUAAUGAAGAACCAUUUCUUGUAAGACAUCUGCUCUUCUUAUGCAGUCCCCUCCUAACACUAAUUUCGUCCUUUGUUUGCACCAAAGGGUGUUGUUCUUUCACGUUAGUAAAGGAUGCUCAUUGGUCCAGCUGGCCACUGACUCUUCGAUCGAUGGUGUACUUCUAACCGUAGUUCCCACCGCUCGUGAUUCCUGAGACGCUGAGUUAUUUUCUUUGGAAGUACUUUUCGUCAUUCUUAAAGCUUUUGUCCCUGAUAUAUAAUUCAUUUUCGUUCGAGUAUAGUCGAAAAAAAUGGGUACUUAUCACAGGGAUUAUAUGUCCACCUAUUAGAAUGAGUAGCCUCUGACAAACGCAAACAAACUGCCUAGAGAGAGACACGCGGUUCGUCGAACAGGACUGCAUUUACCGGGGCUCAAAAUGAGGAAACAAUCUUAAAAUUGGCCCGGUGACAUUUGUUUGUUCCUGACUUUUAUCGGGAGAAUAGGUAAUAGUCACAGAGAAAAUCUCCACAGGUUAAAAUUCAAGAGCGAGCAUGGUCAUUCUGGUUUACCUUGAACCUCCGAUAUGCGGCUGCUGCAGACGGUUGCGAAGCUAAGAACAAUCAGUAGCAUGGAGGAAGUGUCGAUAAAAAGGUUGAAUACUGGGAUAAGCAUUACAUCCUUAUCAACAGUUAUCAACCACCCAAGAGAAUCACUUUAGGCUGGGAAACAUGAAGCAAGAGUUCUGCCACCCACGACAUGGGCUCACUUUCUGUCACCUGCUAAUGAAACAUUCCAAGUCACACGGAAGUUGCACCUGACGGUCAUGUUUUGCAACAAGCAACAUUAUCCUUCCGUCUUGUCCCGGUAAAGAAGCCAGAAACAAUCAUUGCGGCAUUCCCCGUUCUUGUGGCUAUUCCCUUCUAUAUGACUACUUGCCUGUCGCCACAUAAACGCCUGUGAUCGCUAUAGACCCGGUCCCCAAGGCCAAACGGAAUGAACACGGGCACUCGUCCUUCUCUCGAAGCAAAUCACGACGGGGAUUGGAAAGGUAAGCCCAAUAAGGGAGCAGAGUACAGCGUCUCCUGCUAUACGGGACGGAUGUUAUUAUUAGUCUUAUCCGUAGGGCAGGUGAAUGCGGCCGUUAAUGGAAUCUGCGGAAGGCAUUGACAAAACCCGCAUGCCUGCCCUAAGUUUGUUUUAAUACUCCAACGAGGUGCCAGAACAGACCGCACAGCUUGAAAGAUGCGAAUUAGGGUGUGCAAACGGAUGGAAAAUAAGAAAUCCACAGUUAUUGGUGUAAGAAGGCCGAAUUAACUAAGACGGUAUGUGCCGGGCAAAUCUAACCCUAGCCGUAGCCAUUUCCCUAACCGUAAUCUUUAAUCAAACCAUAACCUUAAACCUAGCCUAAAUUUAACCAUUUUCUUAAUCGCAGCCAGAGAUGUUACCCUAACAUAACGUGCCUGCCAUAGUCAAAUAAGCAGACAUGUUAUGGUAGUGAAACACGUGUUUACGUAACGGAUCGUUAACCAAAUCUCACUUUGCGGGAUUAGUCAUAAACUGCCUUCGAACAAAAACAAUAAGAGUGCUGUCUACCUGUUCAGUCGUAGGUGAAAGAGAACAUUAUUCCAGUUCCAACAACCGUCUACUGGAAUUCGAGUGACUAGAAGGACCUGUUGACAGAAAUUUCAAAGGUGAGUCAGAGAAAGAGAGAGAGAGGCGUUGAUGUUCCAUUGUAGGAGCUACAGUAGGUGGGCUAACUCAUGAAAUGUCAACAGAAAUUCCGAAAUGCGUUUUCGUUUCGAAAAGAUUAAGUAGGGUUGUAAAACCAAUCAUAUUGCAGUAUAAUUCUAUAAUAAUUCAGUUACCCCAGAACGCCGGCUUUCGAAUAAACAUUUUUCCGGUUGCAUCCAAAAACUAUACUCCGUAAAAAGUGGCUACUUAAGUAGCAUGCAUUUUUUCAUUGAUUUUCGAUGCCCUUUAAGAUUUAAUUAUAUUUCAUGGAAAACAUGCAUAAAAAUAUUCAUUCUUUCGCUUAUUCAGCAGAAAAUUACGUCUUCUUUCAAUUUUAUACUCGAAGGAGGUGUAUAAUUCGGUUUUAAAAAAGUUUCUAAUUGUGAGAUUUUUUAAUACCGUGAAUUGGCCCUUCAUAAAACGUCGUCUCUGCAUUUACCAAUGUAGCUUGUAAAGUUAACAAUGUGGCUCAAAUCCACUGCUUAAUUUUAUGAACCUCAUAUGGUUUCCUCUCACUACCGUAGAGAAAUUUACGGUUUUCUGUACGCGGAAAUUAUGCAGCUUGUAGUUUGUAGACCAUGAAUGCAUGCGUAACGGGAGGUCGGGUUCAAAAUUAUUUGGGAAUUGGAAAAGUUUUGUAAAACCAAAUUAUACCCUUCCUUCGAGUAUAAAAUUGAAAGGAGACGUAAUUUUCUACUGAAUGAGCAGAAGAAUGAAUAUUUUUAUGCAUGUUUUCCAUGAAAUAUAAUUAAAUCUUUAAGGACAUCGAAAAUCAAUGAAAAAAUGCAUGCUACUUAAGUAGUCACAGAGAGAAAAUGGGCCCCUGAUUAAUAGGAUUUAUGUGUUUCGCAAACUAGACUGUCGAUCAUACGACUGAGAAUACGGUCCCGCUCAUUCAAGCUGAAGAAGUUCCCCUGGAUGUCCUGCUGCAGAAUCUACUUCAGACAUCCAAGUCGACUGCUACUGGCGUGACCUGCAUCGCCCCUGAGUUUUUUCAGCCUUCGACAGUCAGGUCAUUGCCAUCGCAGUCCUCCGGUUUCCCACAUUCAACGAAUCCCCGGCCAUUAUCGCCGCGACCACUUCAAGCCCUUGCCAUACAUCCGGAAAAAGCAGUUCCGCCCGCGGCUGAGGCCGUGUCAGCCAGUGUUCCUUCCUCACCAGAGGCCCAGUUAGGUGGGUUACAGGCCGGCGAUGACCGUAGUCAACAGCCGCGGCCACUGGAGGAUCCUCAGGAAUUAGAUAGCCGACUCGCAGCCAUAGACCGUGUGGCUCAUAAAAUCGAGCUGGAAUACGAACGGAAUAAAGAGGUAUGUAUUAGAUCACCUAGGCGUAGUGAGAGAUUUUCGCUUAUUUUUCUGUCUUAUCAACCUACGCCUCAACUAUUUUCACCGGCCUACCGGACAGACCUUCCCGUCGUUAUUUCCUGUCCCCGUCAAACCGCACUGUUCUCUCUUGUCGCUUAUCAUUCUGUAGUGUUCUUCAACCUUAGACAGAUAAUGGCUUAACUUUCAGUGUGAGCGAUUGUGUCAAAACGGCAUUCUAAAGCGCUCCUCAAAUGUUUUGGCCCAUUGGUUAAACCUUGUGUGACUAUUUUUGAUUGGUCUUCCCGAUGUCAGGAACCUAUGAACUACCGAUAUAUGCAUCGGAACAGAAAACGGUCGCUCGUGAACGCUUUACUUGGGGCAGGUUAUGUCUAUGCCUGAGGAAUCUGAUUCACCGGUAGGCAGAGCUAUCGAUGUGUCUUUUGCUUGGGUCACAUGAUUGACGUGUUAUUCCUCAAACAGUAUUGCCGUUUGAAUAACCGAACGUCUCCUAAAAGGUGAUAGCCGAAAUCUACCAAUUUUUCACGAGACCAGUCUCUACUCUCUAAAUAAGAACAUGUCGCGAUCUGGGUGUCAUGAGUUAUUCUUCUCUUCUAUACGAAGCGGAGAUAAAAUAGCGGUAUGGUAUAUUGAACUACCACCGAGAGGGCGCUGUCGUUUUAGUUGAAGUAGCUAAGCGUUGUUUUUCUGGCCUACUUACGGUUUUGGUCAAAGUCCUCUUCUUGCCAGCCGAGCAGAGAGAGGAGAGUGAUUUAAAUUAUAUUUCAUGCUGAGAUGGACGAAAUUUUAUCAAUUUUCUCUAAAUCAUACGGUACACGAAAAACGUAUGAUAGAGAUUCCCUUGUUGUCGAAAUGCGACAUUUACGCCCGAAUUUCACUAACUUCAAGGAGCUGUCCACGUACGCAGUGGCCGACGCCAUUAAUUGUCAUAGAUAAGUAAGGAUAAAAUUGAAUUUUCGUUGGCCUAAUGACCAGUACCUUCGGUUAAAGAAGAAGAACGCCCAUGGGCGAAAAAUAAAGGGACAAUGUCUUCUGUAGUCAAAAACGUUCCUUUGGGAGUGUUAGACUGUUAACAUGCCAACAAUUUGGGAACUGAAUUCGCACUCGAUGUAGUCUUGUUGUGCUACGCUAAAGGGCGCGUGGGAUACUAUGGUACAGACGGCCUCAUCUUGGUUGGAUUUAUGCCUUCUUGCUGCAGACAUGCGAAACAUCAGUUCCAACCCACAAUUUUGCCUCUUUAAUUGCAGCUUCUCCAGACCUUCCUUUGCCUUCAUUCUCCGACCCCAAACAAUAUGCUCCCUUUCGAGUCAGAGACAUCAGGGUGAGUUAGAUUUAUCCAACUCGGAAGGAUCCAUGUGAACAUACUACAAAACAGCUUAGUAGUAUGGAUUCUUACGCUCCGCACUGGCUAGGCCAAUAAGUUUCGCUGUUUUUAUGACCAGAAAUGUCUCAGCAAAUUGGAAGUUCGGUAGACCGAGUAGUUUUUAGAGGGGAAGACAGUUCGUUGCUACCUAUAUAUAUAUAUAUGCAGAAUGGUAUUACCGACAAAGACAAGGGAGACUGGAAUGGCCAUUUCUGGCUUAUUAGCCGUCGUCAGCCAGCCAUACCCAAGCCCGAAGUGUGGAACACCCGAGCCUCGAACUCGCGACCUGUUGGUUUAGAAGUCAACGCCUCUACUCACCGGGCCACGAGCCCGUUGCCCUGUCGGUUUUCGAUCGGGAAUAUACAAUGUUAGGGGGCGAGACCGAAAUGAAGACAGUCGUCAUAGUCUGCAAGGGGACUUAGCCAUUAUCGAUUAUUUGUCGGUCAAAACCGACAGGGACCACCAAUGCCUUAAAAUUAAAGUGGAAUUAUUCUGGAGUUUAAUCAUAGUCUGGAGACUUGUGGGUCACCGACCUCUUCCCAUACCAUGUUCAGAUGGCAACAUGGCGUUAAGACGACCAGAGAUGGUUUAGGCAUACGCAAAACCCAGGUUUAUGCGUGACAAGCGCGUGCUGAUGGCCACGCGCGCAUCAAGUUUCCUUCGAAAGGCGAUCUCGGAUCGCGCGUAGAUGGGCACAUUUUGAACGAGUUGGUGCGGUCUGAUCCUAAGCCGGGGGAGAGCUAACUUGACCGGAUUGCUUGUUGUAAUAAAAUCGUAGAGUCCCUGCGUCACUGCUCUAGUAGCCUUGGGAACGUAUUUAUUGCAAAUACUCGGGAACGAAAAUUACAAACAUCCCAUUUUCUGAUGAGUCGGUUUCUGGGUGACUGGUCAUAUCCUGCAUCACACUGUACACAUCUCCAUACCGCAACGUUUACGUUUUUCUAUGGCGGUCCAUCUCGAUGGAGUUUUCUGCUUUACAUCAAACAGUAUAUCUACGAAUGUAAGGUGGUUACUUACCAUUACCCCUAUCAUAAAUUGCAAGGAUGGCUUGAUUACUUCCUCUGAUCGGUGCAUUGAACCCUAGUUCUCUUCUCGACGGGCAAAUUUAAUCUGUAGAAAUACAUUAUGCAUGUGUGUUCAGACAACUGAGUAAGUGAAACAGCAUAAGCACAACUACAUUUAAAAACUCUUUUAAGCAACUCUUAAGGUUACCAACCUCCAGAAAUUAGUGUAAUAUUCAGUAUUACAGCCGGCCAACUGCAUAUUGUUUGCCUUCGAUGGACUUAGAGGAAAGAAGACCACUUCCAGAGCGUUUACAUGUCCUCCACAGUUCAUCAUAUCUGCUUCUUAAACGACGAAAAAUAAGCCAGGAAGGAUUAUUCAAAUUUCUUUGUCUUUUCUGUCAUAAUUAUCGAUUGUUUCUGAGGUGUAGCGUUUGACUUAACCACGCUCGACGACCAGUACAUUUGAGUUAAAAUCUCAACUGCCAGCUUGCACUUGAGAUAGGGUCGGCUUACUACGGAAAAUGAGAUAGAAAUUGCUAUUUCUGUCUUCCUUGCCUUUAUCGGCAACAAUUCUCGGCUAAUGUUUACCGGUCGUCCUUCGAUCACCCACGUAGGCGCUAGACAUAGAGCCUCAAAGGAAAAAGGAACGUCUCAAGUGCAGCAGAUUGGAUAAAUGUCAUUCUUAUCUGACCCUUCUUUCGUUUCUUUGGCUUAUCGAUGAAUGCUAACACAUUUUCAGACGGACCGAAAACGCCCUAAAACCAGCUGAGGUACAUAGCGUCACACCCGAAGAGGAGUUCCAUUAUGGUGGUCUUUCCACCAGCCCGAGUCCCCUUCCCACGGAAGGCGUCAUACUGCAAGAGGAGGCGAAGGAAGAAGAGGGGACACCAGUUCCCGCUGGAUGCCUUCGCCUGUUGAGGAGUGUCCUUGAAGCGCGCACUCAGUCCAGGCUAUCCAGUGCGCCCACUUCAGCGCGUUUCAGCUCCAGAGUCAGCGCCACAUCUCCCUCAACGGCCCGCCAGAGUGCAAGGAAGGCAACUUACGUACGGGAUCUGACUCAUCAGGGCCCCCUGCGGAGAGAAUUACAGCAUCGACUGGCCGAACGUCGCCGGAAGGAGGCAAAAGACUACGCGACUAAGGUGAUUCAAACCAUUAGACUUUCCGUCUAAAUCGUGACAAAAAAUGGCCAUUUACUUGCCUGAGAAAUCCACCAUGUCAUACGGUAUAAAAACCGGAAAAUAGGUAAAGUAAGGCCUUUCUAGGAUCAAUUACCGAGGUAUACUUAAGUUUGAAGCAUCACCUAGGGACGCCAUUUUUUGUUGGGCAACUUAUGUUUUCCAUAAGGUUGAUCUUUACUUACGCAUUUCUCGUUGGCCAAGACCAACAUUGGAAACUGCUGCUGACUCUGAAAGCUUGGUUGCUCACCAAGAGAUGAUGAUCUAGCAUUUUCUGGCAAAUCUCGUCACCGCAAGCUACAGUGAGUCGUUUGAAUGCAAGUGAAUAUCUACUACUUGAUGUUGGAUUUUUUUCCAAAUGACUAAUCGUACUCGGUACAUGCAACUUUUUCUCACUCUUCCUCCUUACUGCAGAAGAAUGUAAUUUCCUCUCGGGAUGGAGAUUGAUCUCUUCUCCACGAAUUUAAUCGGGUUGAGAACGUUGACGACAGUAUUGUGGGAUACUGGCUUUGGUAGUAUGAGAGCUGUCCCCUGUAAGGCCUCUAUGCGUUCUCCCCGACCAUAGCAGUGUAAUUGUCCCGUUAUUUUCAUACAUUUUCGACCGUUGCGAGUCUAAUCUUUCAGCCGUAGUGCGCUGACGUCUUUCCUCGAAAGAGACGACUUUGAGGAUGCAUUUCUGCUCCGGUUCCCUUUAAGAAUAGGUAGCACCAACCGUAGGAAUAGAUGUUCAGUUACCUUGGAUUCGCUGGACUUUUAUAGUGUUUCGAACUCAAAGUACGAUGACUAGGGUUCAUAGGUUUGCAGCUCAUCUGCCAGGAAGUUGACUUCACGUUGCAAGAUAGGAGUUUUCAUAUGCAACUGUGAAGGCUGAGAUCCAGCGCCAUUUCUAUUGGGUUCGGUCUACUUGUUGACUGUUUGAGCGUCGUUGCGGGCGGCGUCCACCGUGUCCUCCACCGAGCAGGGCGACGGUGACUUGCGCGUGAAUUCGAUUAAUGUGACAUUAAACUUGUGCUGAGUCUGCCGCACUCCUCCUCCUCCUCCUCCUCCUCCUCCUCCUCCUCCUCCCCACCUGGACCUAGUGUCAGGACAAAGUCAAGACGACUGAAGGCGGGGAGGGCGCAGGUGGAUGACACGGUCGAGCCCUCACAUUGGCGCUUCACUCCACCGCCCCCCCCCCUGGUCCACACAGAAAAUGACCAGCUUUUUGACCAACAACAAACAAUGAGGAUGACACGGUCGAAGCCGCCCCUAGGCGUGCCGCCACACCCGGCUCGGAUCCCACGUAGUGAGAGUGCCAUAAAGGCCGCAUUAAGAGCCAUUGCAGCCUGACACUCAGUCCACUCCAUACAAACACACAUUUGGCUGGCUGCGAGGUUCGAGUUAUCCUGUCAGCUGGUAACUGUCCAAGCCACGGCACUUUGCACACCACGAUAGUCACAGGCUCAGACCACACAUGCAGCAGAGGAGGCACAUGGCGAAGGAACCGAGGAACAUACUUCCAACCUACAUGAAAGGUUUUAAUUACGUGUUUGCGUUGUGUGCUGCUAGGUGCGGUCAUGUGUGUUGUAGGUGCUGCUGCGGAGAGAUAUGGUGUUAUGCUAUAGCCGGCGGUGUUCUACUACAGAUUUUCAUGGAGGGGCGUGUGGCCUUAUAGGCCAUGCGAUGGCUGAAGGUACGAAGGCAGUGUAGGCAGGUGAGGCGAUGUCGUCUGGUGUAUUUCGGUGCACCAGGCACAAGUUACCCAGUCUUUGUUCAGUGGAUUUGCAAGUGACCGACCAGGCCGAUGUAUGAGGUAAACGUGUGGUGACAAUGUGGGCAGGAUGGGUUAUGGGGUGUUGGGUUGGUUGUCAUCGUGAUGCUGUCAGUGGUGGGCGCGCUGGUCGAUGGGAAGUUGAUUGGGCUGGGAUGAGAGGGAUGAUUGAUGUGCAAUGUGUGCUAAGUGUGUCGAUACUGUGGUGAAUUCCACUGUUGUGGAUUCGCAUGUGAAUGAAUAUACCCAUGCGGUGUAUGAAUGGGAGUGGGCAAUGUGGACAGUGAAGGAGGAUGCGGUGAAUGUAUGUGAGGGCUGCUGGUCACGGUGCGAUGGAUUUGCAAGUAACCGACCAGGCCGAUGCGUGGGGUGACUGUGCGGUCGUGAUAAGGGCAGGUUGGGACCGAGUCCAAAUCGCUGGAGUCAGACGUGGCAAUGGUGAGGGUGGUGGUUGACGGACCGUUGUGAAAGUUUUGUUCGGUGGUGGCCGCCGUCGUCGUCACGGAGGUUGUGGUAGAGAUGAUGGAGAUGGCGGCGAUCGACGGCGGCGGGUUGCGGGAAUGCUGAGCAUCGGCCGUGAAGACGGUCGUCGUUGUGGACGCUAUGGGGGUUGGAGCAGGGCGUUAGGAGAGUCAACAGUUGGGGUUGUUGAGAUGAUGCAAUAAGUUUGGAGAUGUCCGACGUGGCUGAUCCUCUAGCGGAAUGUUCUUUGACAGCACGGACCUGCUGGGAGGGGCUGGGGUUGACUUUGCGGGUCAAGGGCGCCUGAGACUUGCGAGCUUUCCUUUUGACUUUGACAACGGCGAUCCGGUUGGCUUCAUAGAUGACUGCUACAAUCUUCACUGAUUUUCUCCAGGUCGGUCGGUUUUGUACGAGGUUUUCACAAGCAACUGAUUGAUCUGUAGCGGCUUCAGGGUGUUUUUUAGGGACGGGUUUGUCUUCCUUGCCGGCGAGCACCCGUGGAGACAUCUCCGUAGAAGAGUUGUUCUGGUAGGCGCUCAUCGUCCAUCCUUAUGAGGUGGCUGCUCCAUAAUAGUUUCAGUAGCCCCAACGUGGCGUGAAUGCUGAGGAUUCCAGUCCGUCCCAGAAUUUCUGUGUCCGGGACACUGUCCUGCCACCCCAGCCUUAUUACCAGCAGAGACAACUGUGGUGGAAGUGAUUGAGUUCCUGCGCUUAUUUCUUGUAGACUGCCCAGGCGUUCGCACCAUACAACAGCCUCGUCAAGAUGGCCGCAUUGUAAUCUUUUGUUUGGUUUUCAAGUGGGGACCGUAACGAUCCCAUACGGAGUUCUGUGGCCGGUCGAAGGCUUAGCUGGCUUCGGAGAUCUGGUGAGCCAAUUAAUCGUUGAUGUGAGCGAAGACUUACAUAGCGAUGCUGAGCUACAAGAUUCCUCUUUGGAUAUCACAGAGUUGCCGGUUUCGCUUCCGUUUGUAAAGAUUGAGGCUUGUCGCAUCCUUAAAAUCCCGAUGAACCUGUCCUCGGAGCCACAUUUCCUGGAAUGGCGUUGUAAGUUGAUCCAUCAGCCGGUGGCCACCGUGUAUGAAGACUUCUGCCGGAGUCGCGUCGGAUCCCGAUGCCUUCCCGCUGGAGAGUUGGUGCACGGCUCGGACCGUUUAUCGGAGAAAAGCGUCAGAUCCAGGUUGUUCUUCGGUUCCACCUGAGGGAGUUGGUCGAUGGCGGCGUCGAAGAUUGUAGAUGGGCGGUUGAGGACGCUUCUGAGACCCUUGACGCAGUGCUUCAGAAUCUGUGAUUUCUCCGUAGGUAACGUCGUCCCACCAGAGCUGAGAAGCGGUGUGGUUCCUUCCUUUGCCGGGUCGUAGAUUACUUUGAGUGAUACGAAGAAAUUUUCCGUUCCAUUGCGGUCAGCAUACCCCUAGAUUUCCUCCGUCUUGCGAGUCACUUAGGCGUCCUGAAUCUCUCGCUGUACAACCCGGCCAUAGUGGAAGGAUGCUUCGUUGUUGACGUCGGUCCUAUGGUUUAUGUAGGCCUUGUGCAGUGUGCGCAUUUCAUUUGAUGAUGUCUCCGUCAUUGUCGUCGAAUCAGUCCUGGUAGUGACGACAUUCGCGUCCGAGGACGACCAAGCAAUUGACACCACCGAGUCUGCAUGCUGGCUUUUUCGUCCGCGACCGGCAGCCGUUUUACGUGUUCGACUAAUUAAUUUCUGAAAUGUAAGCGUUGAGCAGGUAAAUUCAACUGGUUGCCUGAUGGUCGACUACCUUGUGGUCGCCUGCGAAGUUGCAGUCGGAUCCUCAUCUUGGAGAUGACGAGGGGGCGACCCGUCCAGCCAUCAGCUCCAUGGAUUGCCUUGGUCGCUGGUAAUUCCUGUCGACUUAGCUUCCGGACGAGAUCGCAGUCCAGCAGCUGCCAGUGCCGCGUUCGGGGGUGCAUUCAGGUAGGCGGAAGUUGGUCAGGAGGAGGCAGUGUUCUGCGCAGUUUCGCAGAAGGCCAUUGUUAUUGUCGCGCCGCUGAUUCUGUGGGGAUCCAGAACUCCUCCCUAGACAGCGUAUUCUGUCCCAACGCGGACAAUGAAGUCACCAAGGACAACCAGCUUGUCCGUCUUUGACGCAAUCGCCAAGAGGGCGCGCAGGUCUUCGUAGAACUUGGUCUUCGCCUCACGGGAGCUGGUCAUAUUGAAGGCGUAGGCACUGACGAUGGUGGCGAAUUCGGCUCCCCGGAGACAGAUGCAGACAUAUGAGUCGGUCGUUGACACCUUGCGGCAGACAGGGUAGUCCACCCACGAUGUCGUUCUGAAUGACGAAGGCAACGCCUGCGUCACACCGCUCUGCCUUUGGGCGGCCGCUCCAGAAGGUGUGGCUGGCACCUAUCUCCUCCACUUGACCCUCUUCGGAGAAGCGGUUCCAGCUGGGAACAGCGAUAUCCACUUGGUAGCGCGCCAGUUCUCGCGUGACUAGCGCCGUUCUUCGUUCCCGUUGGCUGCUCGUGGGAUUGCCAAUAGAAGCGAAGAGACGAGUCCCAGGAAGCAGUCUCGAAGAAGGAGACACGAUCGCUGGGACAAGAGCUUUAUUAGCCUGGCGUUUCGGAUUCCUCCUCGAACCCAUAAUCAGAGACUAAGCAGAUACGAUUCCAGCAGGAAUCCGAAACGUCAGGCUAAUAAAGCUCUUGUCCCAGCGAUCGCGUCUCCUUCUUCAACACUCCCGGGAUUGUUUAUAAUGGAAAAAGCAUUCCAAGCUACCAAGGGGAGUGGACUCACUCUAGUAGCCUGCGGAGUGGGGCGGAGGGGAUGGGGAUGUGGGUUGUUGUUUGUUUGAUCGCUUCGACCAUGAUUUGUCUAUAUGUGAGCCACGGUCUGCUUGCAGACGACCUGAUCCCCAAAUUCGUUAAGGGCACCUUUUCUAGCCUUUCUCCCUGCGAGGGAGUAAGCAGUGUUGUCCCUAACUAGGGCUACUUAGACAUCCCAGGCGAUCACCGGACUCCGCUAUGGGCCACGGCUCGAUUUAGUUGGAGAACGACCCGAGUUAUCCUGGGCCAUCUACGAGAUUGCAUGUCGUCCUUCCCGUAGGAUUUUUGAAGUGGAUGGGGAGGGAGUUAAUGAGAGGGAAGGAGGAGCGGUGGGAGGAAGUGGAGUAGUUGGGGGGAAGGGAGGGAGGGGAAGAAAGUGGAAAAAACAUUAGCGGGUAUGAUGACACGCAGCACUCGAUGCUCUCAUCUGGUUUAGCCAGCCGACCGGGACGGCUACCGGGGUAUGACCGUUUGGCAGAGCUUAGUUUUGUGAGGCCACAGAUAAUAUUUGGACACCAAUUACUGGAUGUUAGGCGUAGCUACCACCUACACGACACAAAUGAUACGACCUGAGACCAGCGUAACGUGGAACCCAUAACCGGACACCUCGGAAAUCCCUCAAAACGAAUUACUGACGAGCAAAAGUGCUAUUGCGUGCAAAUCCUUGCUACGACCAGCAAGUGAGAGGCGAAUUCCAGGAGAGAACCAAUAGUAAGUGAACCACACAAAAAACACAGCACGCGUUCCAUUUGUGAUGUUACCCUGAUUUUGGUAUACGAAAAUUGCAGACAAUAUCACUCCACUUUCAGUCCUGUAGAAUUGAAUAGGUGUCCUUUGUUAGAUUCCUUUAGGCUAUACAAUCAUAACAGGUUUUAUCACUCUUUAUCUUCCUCCUUCAAACAAUUACUUUUUUGCCUCUUGUUUGGUCGGCAGAUUCUUGCCGAGUUGGAACAGCGAUCGGCAAACCGGACACCAUCCAUCAACCCUCGUCCGACCUCCAAUUUCGGAUCGCGUCGGCUGAAGGCGACAAGCAAAAUUGUCCAUGUUGGUGAAAUUCCUUCUUUGUGUCCAUUUCAACCUGUCAGCCUUCCUCACACGCCUUUAACGGGCGAAAUCUUAUGUGCAUCUGUAAGGGCGAACGCUUUAGGCGUGGUUAUCGAUUCCCUGAAGGACGUGCGCUAAAGCGAUGACCAUGCACAACAGUCGGUUGCGUUCUCAGCAUCGGUUAAUACCCGCUUAAAGCCUUCUUCAAGGUCUCGUUCUGAAAGGGUUUCUCAUCACCUUCCGCCAAAGUCCUAGUAAGCGGUCUUGAUGGACCGUCUUUGACAGGGGCGAAAAGGCGAGUCCCAAGAGGCAGUUGACAAAAAGGGAGACUCAAUCGUUCGAGCAAGAAUCUCAUUCGUCCGACGCUUCGGCUUCUCCCCUAUGCCCAUCGCCAGAGAUCGUGGCGGAUAACAGUGGCAAAAUGCACUGGGGGUUCAGUAAUCACAGAGUGUAUUUAUUACCUACUCAUACAUAGUAAACUUGACAAUGUUUGCAUCAAUCACAGAUGUCCGUACUUGGUGAGAUGGUGACUCAUAGCCAGCGGCCGCGAUCUAAUCAACGGCCCUGUGGUGACUUACUCGCCGCCCCUCGUAGCUCGUAGGCCUCCUCCCGAGGUUAACUGCGAUAAGCUGGGAGAGCUCAAGGCCGAUAAGGACCCCGUUAUCGUGUACGCGAACAACGAGUGUUCCAGCGUUGCACUUGAUAGGACGAAGAAUCUUUGAAAUAUCAGGAGUUUACUGGAGGAUUACCAUUUAUAUUCCCCAUCCAAGUCCGAUUCCUUAAAAGCGCCGAAGCGAGAAAUUAAGGGCAUCUUAUUGGAGGAGAUCUCAGGUGCAGUACCCUUGGUCGGCCUACGUAUGAUGAGAACUCAAGGGACCGCCCUGGCUCGCUUUUAUAGUCUCCCCAAGGUGCACGAUAGUUUACAAAGGUUAAAUGUAUCUAAAAGUUGAAGACGACUGUGAAAAUCUUCAGCUGAAAAACCACAUGCCACGUGGGAUUUCCUUUCACAACUACUAUCCUUGUAAUUCAACUAAAAUAUUCCUUUCCGUGUGGACACAUAUUCGUGGACUUUUUGUAAGUGUUUCAUGAGUUUGCGAGUGUGCUGAUCUAACCGGUCGGGUUUACAACUGAGAGCCAGUUCGACUGUCAAUUCCAACGAUGUUCAUCGUGUCCCCCAGGAGCAUGAUGGGCGCAGGGAGGGCGACUUGCGCCUGCGCAGGUGUCAAGAAGACCGGAGGCGGGAUCGGGCGCAGGCGACUGGCGCGGUGUGAACCCGCACCUAGGUCUGCUGUCACACCCUCUGUUCCGCACACAAGGAACCAGGAUUUCACAACAAAAAGUGCAGGCGGCUCACAUCUCAACUGACUAGGAGUGCCAUAGAGGCCACACUAAGAAGGAAAUAUUGCAGUCUUACUGUCCAUCCUGAGAGGAGGACCGAGUUAUCCCCUUAGUUGGUAGCCUUCCAAGCCACGGCUUCUAGUGCACCUUGGUGGAUUCAAGCGCGCCGAACUGUUUUUAGUAAGGAAUAUACGCUGAGACAUUCAAGCUCACUCUUUCUUCCCUCUCAUACAGACCAAGUCCACUGUUCGAGCCGGUCAGUUAUCUGGUGUGGGGAUUGGGCGCAGUGACUGACAAAGUUGGAAAGCUCGUCUACGCGUGCCACAUACAUGACGCGGCCACGCCCCUCCCACACAUGUCUCCAGGAUUUCAUACAAAGAGGGAGGGGACGGCGGCUCGGAUCACAAAUGUGUGUGUGAGAGUGCCCCAGAAGCCACAUUAAGAUAGGAGCCAUCGCAGUCUGAUCCCCAGUCCACCUGUCGACCACUCAGCACAGAAACACGCACUGGGCUGACUGCUUGGUCUGAGUUGAAGCUCCAGUCCGCAACCUUCUAAUUCAGGGCUUUUAGCGUACCAUGAUAGUCCCAACCUCGUCAGCUUGUAAGGACUUAUACACUGAGGGUCGACCUUACUCGUUCUUCCCCUUCCUGUGCACCGGCCGACUGUCCGGGCCGGUCAAUCAACGGAUAAUGAGAUUAGGAGAAGUAGCUGACGGCGCUGAAAACAACCUGACUGUGCUUGCCACACACAAAACACGGCCCCUCAUAAGCGUGCACCAGGAUUUCACACACAGGGGGUGGACUGCUCGAACCCAACCUACAGUAGAGGGGUCACAUGGAGGAGCCGAAACACAAACUUCUCACUUACGUGAGAGGCUCCCAGUUCGUGUCUGCGAUGUGUGAUGUACGACGUGCUCGUGUGUGGUGCAUGUGUUGACGUGGAAAUUUGUGUUAGUGUGGCUUAGUCCGUGGUACUUUAUGGCAAGUUUUCAUGGAGACGCAUAUGACCGAGUGGGUCCGUGUGGUGGCUGGAUGCGUGUUUGGGGGGGGGGGUGGGGGGACAGUGCAGGCAGUUGAGACAGUGGCCCGGAUUUAUGCUGGGGCUCCAGGCUCUGGUUCGCCAGCCUGUGUGGGAAGUAUUCACAAGUAACCGAACAGGCCGAUUCAUGAUGUGCAUGUGCGGUGGCGCGAAAUUGUGGAUGUGGUUCGAAGAUGACACUCUUGUUGAGUGCGCUUCGGUAUCGCUAAAUAUCAGGGAAAUUACUGGGCUACUGAGGUGGCUUAGUAGAGUGGGCUUAUGUUGAAUAAGACCUAGCCCGCGUUGUGUCGGCAGACCACGUUCUGCCUGUCACUCGUAGUGAUCAAUCGUAGCAGAAGCAAACAGCUAUGAGGCCAAUUUCAACACCGUCAAUUCCGCAUCGUCACAACAAGCCCGUUUAAAUUUAGGUAACUUGUGCAAUUUUCCUUUGGUAGCUUCAGACGCGUUGCUAUAACAAAAGUAGACAUGUUAAAACGCCUUGUUUUGUGCAAGGGUUUCUUUUUACUAACCUUUUGAUCAACGGGAGCCAGUAGGAGAUUCAAAUCUGUCCUGCUUACAAUUAAACAAAACGAAAUUCACUAAUGUUUUUCAGCCAGUAUGUCGAAAUCAGGCUGAAAAUAUGGAGCAUCUGAUAAAUUUCCUCCAUAAAUGACGCAACGCCAGUGGGAAAUUACUUUUCGCGACAUAGAUGGGCGAUAAAAUAACCAAUUUUUGUUGGCAUAGAAGGGCUUUCAGGUAAAUAGUGUUCUAACUUGGUAGGCAUAUACACCCGGAAAUUGUCGAAGCACUGGAUGCAUAUCAAGAAAAAUAGGGACAAAGCAAUCGAUCUUCUGGUCGACAAAUAAGGUCGUUUUGAUUCAUGAGCUUUCUGUCAAAAUAGUAAGGCAAAAUAAAUUAAUUACGGUUUUAGUUUCAAGAGGAGCAAUUCUGUCCUUCAAGACGGAUCAGGGCUGCAAAAUUUAUAUGUUACCUAGAUGACGCGGGUUUUUUAUAUCACUGAAAAUGCUAUUUUUCUGUCGAACAGUCUUCAAGACAGCAAGGUUUCAAUCGUGCGCCAAGUUCCUUCCGAUCCUUGGCUACCCCCAAUAGGAGGGGCAUUUAUUCACCAAGUUUAGGAGGACCUAUAGCAAAGCGUAAGUAUCCUUUAGACCAGUUUGAUUUUUACAGCAGAACAUGCAGUUUGCCCACAAAGUAACUGCACAGAUUCGUCAACCCUUCCUUUAGAAUCGAAAUCUAAUGCUGAUAAUUUGCGAUCGCCGCGAAGAAUACGUCUUGAACAGGAACUGGAUGAUCCACAAAGCCUGAUAAGUGACAGUUCGGGGGACGAAAUAACCAGAAAAAUCCUCCGUGGUUCGCCGCCAUCCGGAAAAACCACACCCAUCCGCGUUUCUGCGAUCAAUGAUAGCCAGAUCAAGGUAUGUUGAUUCAGCCCGGGUGGCUAAUUCGGCGUCUCACGAUCAUUCUUCGCAUUUUAGAUUGCGCAUAGUCUGAGUUUGACUGAUCUAUUCUAACGUAUAUGUGUGGUUACAUUUACAAACAGUGGGUUGAAUUUCGUUGCCUCAACAGUUCAGCAGGUAGAGUACCCGACACGCAAUUGGGAAGGCGGCGGCUUGAGGUCGUUGUUGGUCAGUGUUGUUGCUGCCUAAGUUUAUGAUUUCUUAUACGCUGCUAUCAAGUCUUAUUGACUGGUUUAUUAAGUACAGAACUUCACAGGAGCAUGAACGGCCCAUGGAGUUACAUUAAAUUGUAAUAGGGCCAAUUUGUGCUUGAUUUUUUUCUGCCUUCAAAAGUGAGGUCCAUCUCCUGGAGCACCGGUUUAUUUCGACUCCCAAACUAUUUAACGGGUUUUACGGACAAAUGAUAUCAAGCUGAUUUCAGAAACUACUCCUGACUUGACAUCCUUCACUGGUUAGCCAUAUGGUAAUCCUGGGCUUGAAAGUCUCAAGAUUUAAAUUAAAAGCAGCCUCUUAGGUGAUCUAAAAUCCAGCAAUUUACGCUUGAUAAAUUUUGUCGAGAAACAGGAACACAAUGCCCCCGUUUUUAUUUUUAACAUUUCUGAUUUACUGACCGUUAUUUGCCGUGUAAUCAUCUUCGUGAGCUGUGAAGCCUCAGCUCCAAGGCAAAGCAAAAUGCUCAUUUUCGUCCUCCAAUCACGAUAGAUUAUUGCCUGCCAUUAUCAUUUGGCUAUAUACGCUUGAUCAGUAGGCUCAUGCUCUUUUGUAUGUUGGAAUGAGAAUACUCAGCUUAUGUUGGAGUGGUGGUUACCGGUCUCGUUUGACUGCAGGAGCUCUUGUGUCUGACAAUGAGCCCAAACUAGGGCUGGCGUAGGCGGUCGCAUGGCGACAAAUAAUCAACAAUGGAAAGAAGUACGGAGAAUGGGGACUGCUAUGUCUGGCUUACUCGCCGUUCUCGGUUACUUGUGCCGACAACGCUUAUUGGAGAAGGGAGACGCACAAAGGUGAGACAGCCAACUGGAUGAAAGAGGACCCAAUUAUAGCAAAUACACCUUGGCUUUGCGAGCCAUUCAGUCCUGGUAAAGACCUCUUCGGCAGGCUAGCUGUCAGAAUGCUUUGCGGACAGUGUCAUCUAAAUUAGAAGCAGUGAACAAUGGAACAUCAAGGAGAUAAAUUAUUUUUUUUUUACAAGAAUCGCAACAUUGGUAAGAAGUCUCAUGUAGGUUGCCGUUUCUUAUAACUCCUCAGGAAAACAGAAAUAGUGUAGCACGAUGACUCUUUCGUAUUCUCUGCAGACUCGUUUUUUUUUUCUUUAUAGGGUUUGCCUGACAGCGCCACGCCGAAUUCAUCCGUCUUCAUUGACUGGGACAAAAUUGAUGAGCUUAUCGAAUCAGGAUAA